CCGGUUCUGAUCACGUUUGUGCAACCAAGAACGUACCUCGUCAAGGGACCCUGUUACCGGCUGCUGUUUGUCUGACUAUCCGACUGCGUCGGCCGUGCCGGGGCUACGGUCGGGGAUGGGGGGGCGGCCUCAGCCGAGAAGGGGUGGUCGGUAACGGGUUAUUCAUGGAAUGAAUGAAAUUCAUUCGCUGGUCGCGUCCGGUGCAGAGGUGGGGGAUGGGCGGCGAGGGUGCUGCGUUUCUCACCCCGCGGCGGUAGCACCGGGUGUGGGUCUGGGCCUGGCUCCGGGUCCGUUCGGUGAGUGCGUGCCCGGGGGCGCGGGGCAGUCCCGCCAGUCCGGUGYGCCCCGGGCUGGGCUCGGGCCCGGUUCCCGCGGGGGCGGUGUCCGUUCGGCCCCGCCUUGGGGGCGUGGCUCUUGUGCUCCCGCCAAUCACAGCCCGCGCCUGCCUUCCCCCCGGUUGGCGGAGAGCAGGCGGCGCGUCGGAAGUGCGCAAACGGCGCGAACCGGGAACGGAACGGAACGGAACGGAGCGGAACGGAACGGAGCGGAGCGUAGCGGGGUUGGAGGCCCGGGAUGAGCAAAGGGCGUGAGGCCGCGGCGGGCGGAGGCGCCAACGCUGUCCUGCUGCGGUACCUGCGGGAGCAGAACCGGCCGUACAGCGCCCAGGAUGCCUUCGGGAACCUGCAGCGGGAGCACGGGCUGGGCAAGGCGGCCGUGGUGAAGGCGCUGGAGCAGCUGGCGCAGCAGGGCCGCGUACGCGAGAAGGUCUACGGGAAGCAGAAAAUCUACUUCGCUGCCCAGGAACAGCUCCCGGCUGCCAGCGAUGCGGAGCUCCGCGGGCUGGACGGCGAAAUUGCCACUCGCUCCACGCAGCUGCAAGCACUGCAGCAGAGCUGCCGGCACAUGGAGGCGGAACUGAAGGACUUGAACAGCUCCAUGACAACCCCUGAGAUGGCCAAGGAGAUCGAGGCACUGAGGAAGGACUGUGCCAGUUACACGGAGAAACUCGAGAGGAUUAAAUCUGCUACCAACCACGUGACUCCAGAGGAAAAAGAGAAGGUGUGCCGGGAGCAGCAGCUGUACCGCCGGGAGUGGCGCCGGAGGAAGCGCAUGGCCACCGAGCUGCUGGAUGCCAUCCUGGAGGGCUACCCCAAGAGCAAGAAGCAGUUUUUUGAGGAGGUUGGGAUAGAGACRGAUGAGGACCAUGGCGUUGUGCUGCCGGCGGCUGUGUGAGGUGCUGGGGGAGCCUGUGUUCUGGRGAGAAGCUGCUGCUGUGGAGCUGCCUCUGGAACUCGGCUCUUGGGUUGUUCUUUUUUUUUUUGUUUUGCAGGACUUGGGCUUGUCCUGUGUAUUUAUUUGUUCUUGUAUUAAAAUGUGCAGUUGGAAGGGUGGUGGGUGGGAGUGACUUGGUGCUGGCUCUCUCCUUGCCAUGGAAUGKUUUUUUUUUUCCUGCCCCACAGUACAUGAAGCUGCCUGGCUGGGGUCUGAGGGGAUGGGUGGGGGCACUGGUAUCCCCUGGUGUUCUGGUAAGAAAAGGGAUGUGGGGGCACUGGUGCUGUGUCUGUGGUGUUCCAGUAAGRAAAGGGACCAAGGGACCGACUGGGCUGCAGAGCUCUGUAUUGUUUUCUGGCUGCUUCCUGCCAUGUGCCUGAGUGGACACAAGAGAAUAUGAUCCAUUAAACACCAGGAUUUUGGUUCAGCUGCACAUCCCUGUGGUGUUUGUCUCUUCAGAGGGUGUCAGGGCAGAGUUUAGGYCCUCAGGGGUGGGGAGGACAGGGGYCAGGAGAGGGUCACYUGAGUCACAGGGGCUGCAAUGGGCUUCUAGAAACUACCAGCUCUAAGGCACAGCUCCAGGAACUCAGCAUCAGAAAAACCAUUAAAACAUUCACGGAAAUGUAAUUACUAUUCACAACAG